CCUACCUCCUGCUUCGUGUCUACAUUAUAAAAUUUAAGCAGCUAGCUAGCCAAGUCCUGAAGAGAUAAAUCUUCAUAUACCAAAUAAGUAUUUCCGGAGGGAAUCAGAUUUUGAUUUCAGUAAUGAGUUACUACAACAAUCAGUAUCAAGCUCCUGGAGGUAUGUAUGCUCCACCACCACCAGGUUCAUAUAAUCCACCAAACCACCAGGUGUAUCCUCCUCCACCACAAUCUUAUCCACCACCAAUCCAAGGGUACCCUCAAGGCCAUUACGUUGCGCCACCUCCGAUGGGUUACCCUAUGAAAAAUGGUCCUCAAUACCAACAACAGCCACCUCCUCCUCCAGAAACUAAGCACAGGGGUGAUGGAUUUUGCAGUGGAUGUUGUGCUGCCUUAUGUUGCUGCUGCCUCUUGGACAUGUGCUUUUAGGGACUACGAGUGAUAGCUUUUAUUUAUUUCCCUUGUGUUUCUUUCUUGUGGGAAAUUAUCAUUCUUUUUUAUUUUUCAUGUGAUAUGUAUUAUUUAUCCACACAAUAAUAUUUAUAUAAAAAAAAUAGUUACGUGCUCUUUAA